GAUUAACCCAAUAUCAUUCCCCUUGGCACGACCGCCGAUCAUCUCGGAUCUAAAGAGCUUGGGAUCAGCCUAGUCGUUACAUAUUGAUAUCCCAAGUUCGCCAGUAUACAACACACAUGGACAAAGCAGAGCAGCAAGCGCCGGCUGACCGUGGGCACGACAUCUCCCCGGUCACGAAGCGUACAGCCUUUGGAAAUCCGAGUACAGCUCAUGACGCGAAAAGAAUUAAACACAUUCAGGAUGGGGCAACAGAACUAGCACCAGAGGUUACAACCCCAGCUACUACAGCUCCAACCCUCAAAUCUCUAGCUACAAUCCGUAGGGUGGCUUUCCCUGAGAAGCCUGCGGUUGUGGAAGAACGAAAUGGCGAGAUCGAAUUCCAAGUUGUCAACAAUGAUGGUUCCCACGAGAGUAUGAUCAUUCUUACAGGACUCAAAUGUCUGUUUCAGAAGCAGCUUCCAAAGAUGCCGAAAUAUUAUAUCGCGCGUCUUGUGUAUGACCGCACACAUCAAUCUUUGGCUAUCGCUAAAAGGCCUCUGGAGGUCAUUGGUGGGAUAUCAUUUCGAGAAUUUCGAGAUCGCAAGUUCGCUGAGAUUGUCUUUUGCGCUGUCUCAUCCGAUCAGCAAGUAAAAGGCUAUGGUGCACAUCUCAUGGCUCAUUUGAAGGACUAUAUCAAGGCUACUUCCCCAGUGAUGCACUUCCUUACCUAUGCUGAUAAUUAUGCCAUUGGCUAUUUCCAAAAACAAGGGUUUACUAAAGAGAUCACCCUUGGCAAGUCGAUCUGGAUGGGAUGCAUCAAGGAUUAUGAAGGAGGCACACUGAUGCAGUGCUCCAUGCUUCCCCGAAUACGAUAUCUUGAAGUUGGUCGUAUGCUGCUAAAACAGAAGGCAACUGUCCUAGCCAAAAUGCAACGCUCAAGCAAAAGCCACAUAGUUCACCAACCUCCGCAAUGGGCUAAUGGCGUUACUCCAAUUGAUCCACUCUCCAUCCUCGCCAUUCGGGAAACUGGCUGGUCUCCGGAGAUGGAUGCAUUAUCACGAGAACCACGACAUGGACCCCAUUUCAAUAAACUUCGACGUUUUCUGAACCAAAUCCAAAACCAUAAACAAGCAUGGCCGUUUUCGAGCCCGGUAAACAGAGAUGAAAUCCCUGACUAUUACAAUGUCAUCACAUUGCCAAUGGAUCUGUCGACUAUGGAAGAGAAAUUGGAGGGCGAUUCUUAUACCACUCCAAAAGACCUUGUCCGCGACCUACAAUUGAUCUUCAGUAAUUGUCGGCAAUACAACGAUGCAACAACUGAACUGUAUAUGCUAAAUGCGCGGGCAGGUUGGAGAAGUUUAUGUGGGGCCUUAUCAAGGAGAUUCCGGAGUGGCAUGAACUACUUGAGAAAUAACCGGUCAAGAGCAGUUCGCCGAUCUCAGUAUAUAGACUGGGCUGCUGAAAUCAUGGCGUUUCCCCAUUUCCCAACUAAAUGUUUCGAGUUACUCCAUGCGCGUAGGUCUGUUGCCUUGCGUGGAGCCUAGCAGUCAAAAUAUACACAUGGAACGGGUACAUGUGCGACACGGCCUAUAUUUUUCAAAAUCCCUACUAUGCAUGAUACUACUGGACAUAUAUUCUUCUCCUGCUGUGUUAUUUUUGUCCAGAUCCAUUCUGUCAUCUUAGCUCGCCUGGGUCCUUUGGAGAGCCAGCCAGCUAUUGCAGAAUUCGAGUAGCAGAGCCUACUCGACAGCUUCAACAAGCUGUGGAGCUCACAUGGGAGCAUUCAGAACCAAAUAGACAUAGUUUAGGCUACUGUAGCAUUCUUCUGUG